CGGCAAGAACCGAGCGAGCACCUUUGCAGUGUCGCUGGGCAAGCGAGGCUGUUUAUGGUACCUCGUUACUCAAAUCAUCUCAACCUCGACUUGACAGAUCACUCGCUGCAUCUUCCCAAUGCCCUAAUGAACUUCACAUGUACCUACCAUCUUACAGCUCGUCAGCUACAGUAGACCAAAACUCUUGGCCUUGAUGCAUCAAAGCAUGAUUUGACUUUUGGUUUCAAUACGACCUGCACCUGGUGGAACAUCAAGGCCAGUUGCAGUUGACACCGUGCACCAUCCGCAAUCAUUACCUGCAAUGUCAGAAUGGCGGCAGCAGCUCAGGUUCAAGCAUUGCUCCGUUUCUUAACCAAAGAUGCCAAGCUUCCUCUGCAAGAUGCCAUGUCAAAGAUCCAUCCUCUCCGCAAGUUAGACCUCAGUACGCCAGAGGCCAUCUCCAAGGCAGAUGCGGACAGCUUGAAGCCCAUCUUCUCUGACGAAAAGGUCCUCAAACAAGUGAUCAAUGCCGCCAAGCGUGUGUCCAACCCAAAGAAACGUCAGGCUUCAGAGUCCUCUUCUCCUGCCUCCAAGAGGGCUAGGGCAGGUCCUGACGCGGACAAUGAUGAGACUCUUCUUGCCCUUCCGACCACCGACUUAUCAGUAGAAGACCUGCAAGACUUGAUUGUGGAAACCAACCGUGCUCCGCUGUUCCUUGCAUUCACGAUCUCUGUUCUUGCAUAUACCCACCCGGAACAACCCCUAUCCAGUCGAUGGAGUAUGGCCCAAGCCGUCGUCAGUGCCGGAGCUCAAAGCAAAGCAAAGUAUCUCGGACUAACAACAGGCCCCACAGCUGAAGAAGAUGGCUGGGCGAUGGGUCAGCCAAAGAUCAAGAUCAUGGGUCGAGAAGUUGCCGUCAUGAGAAGACAAGUAGUUAGUCCUGAUGGGGACACAGCUACUCCAGUCGAAGCUUUCUGGGGUUUGGACCUUGAUGCACUACGAAAGUCCAAUGGUCCUCUCAUACCAGCCCAGUCAGACAAAGGAGGGAGUGCUGGCCCUCCUAUCUAUAAGCCUGCAGCUCCACGAUCCUACCUAUUGAGGUCGAUGGUCUUGAUCGACGGUGCGGUCAAGGACGAUGCAGGCAAGAAACCAACUGGCAAGAAAGAAAAGGAAAAGCACCCCACGGCGGCCAAGAAACGCGAGCAUUCGGCAGCUGUGAUGCUCAAAGCCAUCGACUCGGUCUGUCAAAGUUGGGCAUCUUCACUGACAAAGGAGGAACUCGACGCCAGAGCUCAAUCCUGGUAUAUGCGUGUUCGACCUGAAGUUGAACAAGGUCAGGCCGGAUGGGGUCAGAGGGGACAGGUUAAGUUACAAGAUAUUCUGCGCUUGCGCAAGGUUUGAACCACGGCUUUGAAGCAAGCCUGUCAUCACAGCUGGCUCGAUUAAAUGUCAAUGAUUUGGUCAUUGCAUGCCCCAAGCUAAUUAUGCAGCAACCUGCUUAACAAUACAUGCCACCAUCAUCUGUGGUCAGUGUUAACGUCAACCUGACGCCUCUUCAGAUAACCAAUCAGAUUUCCCAAUGUGCAAACAUGUCACUUCUCCUUUUUGGGACCGACAUCACCUAGUUGGGGUCAAGCAUCAGAAUCAGUAUUGGUCUCACGGGAUCUCGAAGUCACUCGAGAGGACGGGAACAGAGACUCACCCUUCCAGAAAUUCUUAUUGACCUUGUUAUCAUCCUCACUCAGCUGAUUGGCCGACCUCUCAGUCCUAUUCUCCAUUUCCUCAUUAUGUUUCCGAACGUCUGGAUCUGUUUUCUCUGCAGCAGAUACGGGACGAUGAAUGCGUGGAGAUCCACCUUGUGAGGUGGACUCGCUACUAUUACCGCCGCCACUGCCACUCUCCUUCUUGGUCGUCGAAGACGACGAGGA